UCAGAGAGCAGGAGUCAGAGCAGCACUGGAACUGCAAGAUCGCCGCUGGAACCCGGGAGAAACAGAUAAUACGUCACCGAGGGAGAGGAACCCUGCUCAGCGCCCCCUGUGCGCCGUGCGCUGUACCUGCAGGCUGAAGCAUGUUCACCUCAGUGAAAGCUUAUGAGGGACAGCAUUAUGCGUCCCUGAAGAAGCAGUGUCUGCAGAGUGGGAUGCUGUUUGAGGACCCGCGCUUCCCUGCCGUCGACGAGUCCCUCUUCUACCAGGGCAAUCGGAUCGGACGGGUGAUUUGGAAGAGGCCGAGGGAGCUGUGUGAUGACCCACACCUGUUUGUGGAUGGCAUCAGUGCCCACGAUCUGCACCAGGGACAGCUGGGAAACUGCUGGUUUGUGGCUGCCUGCUCCAGUCUAGCCUCCCGAGAGUCCCUGUGGCAAAAAGUCAUCCCAGACUGGAAGGAGCAGGAGUGGGAUCCAGAGAAGCCUGAUUCCUAUGCAGGAAUCUUUCACUUCCGAUUCUGGCGUUUCGGGGAGUGGGUAGACGUGGUCAUCGAUGACCGGCUGCCCACCGUAGACAACCAGCUGGUGUAUUGCCACUCCAAUGACAACAAUGAGUUCUGGAGUGCGCUGGUGGAGAAGGCCUAUGCCAAGGUGUAUGGUUGCUACGAGGCUCUGGACGGGGGCAACACAGCUGACGCCCUGGUGGACUUUACAGGGGGUGUGUCUGAGCCCAUGGACCUCCUGGAGGGCCAGUACGCCCAGGACGAGGCGGCCCGCAACCAGCUGUUCGAGAGGGUUCUGAAAGUCCACAACCGGGACGGACUGAUCAGCUGCUCCAUCAGAGCGACCACUGUGGAGGACAUAGAGGCGCGACUUGACUGCGGUCUGGUUAAAGGCCACGCCUAUGCCGUGACAGACGUCAGGAAGGUCCGACUGGGACAUGGGCUGCUGGCCUACUUCAAGUCUGAGAAGCUCUUUAUGAUACGCAUGAGGAACCCCUGGGGGGAGAAGGAAUGGAGUGGACCAUGGAGUGAUAGUUCUGAGGAGUGGAAGAAGGUGAGCAAGAGUGAGAGAGAGAAGCUGGGGGUCACAGUCCAGGAUGACGGAGAGUUCUGGAUGACAUUUGAGGAUUUUUGUCAGUACUUCACGGACCUGAUCCUGUGUCGGCUGAUCAACACAUCCUACCUGAGCAUCCACAAGACCUGGGAGGAGGAGGUGAUGCGGGGCUCGUGGGUGCAUCGGGAAGACCCGCUGAGGAACCGCGCUGGGGGCUGUAUCAACCACAAGGCCACCUUCCUGCAGAACCCGCAGUACGUGUUUGACGUGAGGAAGCCAGAGGAUGAGGUUCUGAUCUGCCUGCAGCAGAAGGAACAGCGGGCCCGGCCCAAAGAGGGGAAAGGGGAAAACCUGGCAAUUGGCUUCGACAUCCACCGGGUGGAGCUGAACAGGAAGUUCCGUAUGCACUCUGCCCAGCAGAAGGUGGCAGGCUCAAUCUACAUUAACUCCCGCUGUGUGUUCCUGAGGAAGGAGCUGAAGGAGGGACGCUACGUCAUCAUCCCCACGACCUUUGACCCUGGCCAGCAGGGUGACUUCCUGCUGCGGGUCUUCACUGAUGUGCCUUCAGACUGCAAAGAGCUGACCUUGGAUGAACCACCUCAGACCUGCUGGACCGGCAUGUGUGGCUACCCCCAGCUGGUGACACAGGUGCACGUGCUGGGGGCUGAGGGGCUGCAGGGCCAGGACUCUAAUGGAGCAUCUGACCCGUAUGUGAUAAUCAGCUGUGAGGGUGAGAGGGUGCGCUCUCCAGUCCACAAAGACACAUGCAGUCCUGAAUUUGACAUCAAGGGCCUUUUCUAUAGGAAGAAACCCAAGGAAGGCAUCCAUAUAGAGAUCUACAAUAAAAAUGUGAUCGUCGACACCUUCCUGGGUCAGGUGACCCUGUCCAGCGACCCUACUGAUCGGCAGGAACAGCACACUGUCCACCUGCGUGACAAGGGCAACCAGCAGAGCAACGACCUUCCUGGGACACUGACUGUUCGCCUGAUCACGUGCAGUAUGCUAACCAAUAUCUGAGCCCCGUGCCACACCCCCACGCUAUGCCUGCUGCAGCCUUAACCCCACCCCGCCAGUGCCAUGAGGCUCCCACAGGACCGCUUUCCCUGCCUUCAAUAGAUCUAGAUAUUAGAGAAAUUAUUCCUCAUAUACAAGUAAAUACAUGUAGCCUGUAUGUAUCCGAAUGUGUAUGCAAGGGCUACGCAUCAUCGUGAGGGAGCGUUCCUGUGUUUCUUACUGACAUAAGGGGCGGAAACCUCGUGUGUGGCAACUGCUGCACGUUUGUCAGCCUCUUGGACAUGCCCUACACCAUUGUUCCGUCCCCUUGGUUACAGUUCGCCCCCAGCACCGCAGGACACACUCCCUUCCUCUCUAGUCUGCUCAUCCACGCUGUGCUCCUUGUUUCCUCAGUCUCAAAAAGCUGCAGCCAAUGGUGAGUGUUUCAUCAGUGAAGAGACUUCUGUCAUCUCCAGUCUCUGGGGAAAAGGCAGUUUAACCGUAUGCCUCUGUGAGAGCACAGGGGUGCCAGGUCUUUAACGUGCUCUUAGGGACUGAACAUGUUGGCGGCUCUUCAGUGAGCAUUGCGGAUGUGUAGCUCAGCCUGUGAGCGCACAAGUUUUCUGUUUUGCCAAGUGGACCGUGCCCCUCCGCCUGCCUCUGCCAUUUUGUCAUAUCUUCCUGGGACCAAAGACAGCCGUGCAAUGUUACGACCAUCAACCAUUCCCCCUUGCUCAUCCCACCCAGAUGCCUGCUGACUGUUGAGAGCCACAGGUCACUGCAGUUCCACAGAUGUGGACACUCAUGACAGUACCCCAGGGACCGUGGUGGGCAUAGACUAGACCUUGGACAUUCAUUAUAUAUCCCAGGGAUUGCAAUGGUCCAGUGGAUGAACUAUUAGUCUUCUAUUUAUGAAAAUACGUAUAACAAAUUUUUACUAUGAAAACAUUGAGAAAAAUGGGAGCACUUUUAUAUACAAGUGACAGAUUUUCACCUUGAUGAAAUAUGGUAGGAAUAACAGGUAAGCAAAAUCUGAGUUUGGUGCCAUGAGAGGGACGCAGCGCAUCUCCAAAGAUUCUUUAAGGUACUGUAACGAGAUACAUAUCAAACCCUUCAUACGUUAUACUGAAAAUUCUGUCCCUGCUACUGAACGCUCCGCUGCUGGAACUCCUUAACAUUGGACCUCCUUAAAUGCUUAACCACUCAGACAGUGACUGGAGCUCCUAGGCUGAACCAGGAAGGAAUGUAGAGUGAAUAGUCUCCCUGGUGAUAACCAGUCUCUGACAUGUCCUGACAAAGUCAGUUUACACCACAGUAGAAUCUAUCUAUGUCAGUUUACCACACACAAAAAAUCCAUCUACAUCAUCAUCUCUAUUCAGGUAUCUGUUGGCCCUGCACCUGUGUGUUACUGAUUGCUUUGAAAUUUAUCCUCUGCAUAUCCCUCACCAUCAAUAACCAGUGCCCAGCAAAAUUGCCAGUUCUCACACCAGCACAGAGAACAAGGCAAGCUAUAAGCCUAGAGAAUUUACUGUAACAAUUGUAUUGUAACAAGGGACUUUUGAGGUGAG